UAUUCAGAUCCGUCUGCUAGGUUUCAAAAAUUUGUCAGUGGACAAUUUGAGUAAUUGCUUCCCAAGUUCAUUAGUUGUGUCACAGUUGUGUACAACCGACUUAGAAUCGCAUUCAGUCUAGUUUGAAUAUUUUUUCUCAGCUAGUUAUGGAUUUAAAGAAGAAACCUUUUAAACUGGUUAGCCACGAUCGACGGACCAAAAAAGGAGUCGUGGCGGGAAGCCUGGAAGAGUUGAUGCUCAAAGCUAGAGCGCUUUUCAAUUUGGGAACAGAAGUUUUUCAGUUAGUGCUUGAAGAAGAUGGAACUGAAGUUCUCGACGAUGAUUACCUACUGUACCUUGAUAACAACACAAAACUGAUGGUUCUUCGAGCAAAUAGCCAGUGGGAAGCAUCUUUCCCUGCAGUUGAUGAGACUGAUUGCCCAGGAACGGAGAGGUCUUAUAAUCCCGUGAAAAUCCUGCAGAAGCUUGUCCGCAGCCCUGGAUCUAUUGCUCUUCUCAGUGAAGAAGAAUUGGAUGUUGUCUCCUCUUUCACAGAGCAUCAAAACAUUGGUAUACCACAGUCUGAAGUGGAAUACCUGAUAGAGACAUGCCAGAGAGAGUUGGAGCAGAAGAAAAAAAUCAAGGAUGCAUUGGACCUUGUUGAUUUGUAUCAAAGAGCGAAAGAGCAGUCAGACAAAUACCCCUAAAAAAAAAAAAAAAAGGGAGAUGCAAAUCUAUCGUUUCCUCUCGUGUUUCCAUUUGUAUAUUGGCGGUGUGCUCUUUGUUCCCGGCGCGAUCCGUACGGGUGGUUUGCAACUUUUGGCCUGAAAAAUAAGUAUCGAUUACAUGCCUGUACUUUUCAAAUCAAUUAAAAAUUUAAAUGCAUA